AUGGAGCAAUGUAUUGGGCAUGCUUUCUAAGUGGAAUUCUAGUGUGGAUAUUGGAGCAGAGCCUUUAUUUCUCCAGUAGGCUACAGUUGACCUAGUGACACAGCCAGGUAACUACCCUACAUAACUCUGCUAAUACCAUUACACUGCCUGCCACUGUGCCAGUUAAUCAUGUGUGACCAAGCAGACUUACUUAGCGGACUGGUUCUUACCAGAGUUACUGUAUCGGUAGACUGGUUCUUAUCAUCUGCAGUGUAAUGGUCAUUGGGACAGGAUGGACUGGGUUCCUCUCUCUGCUCCUUAAAGCACGAUUAAACAAUCAAGGACAGGUAGAGACUGGCAGGAGCUUGCCUUGCACCCCACCGCGCUUCCUUUACAAAGGGCCUGGAGUUUUUCCUAAACCAUAACCUGGCCAGGACAAACAAGGGCCCGGAGUUUCCCUUGGCCAGGACAUGCUUCAGUCACACCAUCCUAAAUCUGUAACUAGCACAGUCAUUCCUCUGAGUAAGAUCAAGUUGCCCCUAGAAAUGGACAAACAUGAAAUACAAUGCAAUUGCAACAAGUGAGUUCUAGCCCUUAAGCCAAACCUUUCAUAUCCUCCACAGGUAGGCCCAUCUCGCGACAUCUUCUCCCCACUCUUGGUGCCUCUCCCCUGGAGAGGACAGAUGCGGAGGCAGCCUCUCCGUCUUCCUCCUCAAUGGUGGCAGGGCCCUCCACACUGUGGUGUCUGGCAAAGCGGAGGAGUAGGAAGGCGGGCUCAGGGAACAUCUUUGGCGGGGUGAGUUUGAUAUUAUUUAGGAUGUGGAUAUUCAGUCAGCAGAUCUAAAGGUAAAGUUUCAGCAUAGGGAUUGACAAUGGUUAAGGUAAGGUUAGGGUUAAGGAGGUUUCUGGUAAAAGAGGAUGUGUUCUCACUUCUCAAUUACUUAACUGGUUAAAAACAGGCAAAAUAAAUACAACUGCUAAUUAUGUACAGUGGGGAAAAAAAGUAUUUAGUCAGCCACCAAUUGUGCAAAUUUUCCCACUUAAGAAGAUGAGAGAGGCCUGUAAUUUUCAUCAUAGGUACACGUCAACUAUGACAGACAAAUUGAGAAUUUUUUUUCCAGAAAAUCACAUUGUAGGAUUUUUAAUGAAUUUAUUUGCAAAUUAUGGUGGAAAAUAAGUAUUUGGUCACCUACAAACAAGCAAGAUUUCUGGCUCUCACAGACCUGUAACUUCUUCUUUAAGAGGCUCCUCUGUCCUCCACUCGUUACCUGUAUUAAUGGCACCUGUUUGAACUUGUUAUCAGUAUAAAAGACACCUGUCCACAACCUCAAACAGUCACACUCCAAACUCCACUAUGGCCAAGACCAAAGAGCUGUCAAAGGACACCAGAAACAAAAUUGUAGACCUGCACCAGGCUGGGAUGACUGAAUCUGCAAUAGGUAACCAGCUUGGUUUGAAGAAAUCAACUGUGGGAGCAAUUAUUAGGAAAUGGAAGACAUACAAGACCACUGAUAAUCUCCCUCGAUCUGGGGCUCCACGCAAGAUCUCACCCCGUGGGGUCAAAAUGAUCACAAGAACGGUGAGCAAAAAUCCCAGAACCACACGGGGGGAACUAGUGAAUGACCUGCAGAGAGCUGGGACCAAAGUAACAAAGCCUACCAUCAGUAACACACUACGCCGCCAGGGACUCAAAUCCUGCAGUGCGAGACGUGUCCCCCUGCUUAAGCCAGUACAUGUCCAGGCCCGUCUGAAGUUUGCUAGAGUGCAUUUGGAUGAUCCAGAAGAGGAUUGGGAGAAUGUCAUAUGGUCAGAUGAAACCAAAAUAGAACUUUUUGGUAAAAACUCAACUCGUCGUGUUUGGAGGACAAAGAAUGCUGAGUUGCAUCCAAAGAACACCAUACCUACUGUGAAGCAUGGGGGUGGAAACAUCAUGCUUUGGGGCUGUUUUUCUGCAAAGGGACCAGGACGACUGAUCCGUGUAAAGGAAAGAAUGAAUGGGGCCAUGUAUCGUGAGAUUUUGAGUGAAAACCUCCUUCCAUCAGCAAGGGCAUUGAAGAUGAAACGUGGCUGGGUCUUUCAGCAUGACAAUGAUCCCAAACACACCGCCCGGGCAACGAAGGAGUGGCUUCGUAAGAAGCAUUUCAAGGUCCUGGAGUGGCCUAGCCAGUCUCCAGAUCUCAACCCCAUAGAAAAUCUUUGGAGGGAGUUGAAAGUCCGUGUUGCCCAGCGACAGCCCCAAAACAUCACUGCUCUAGAGGAGAUCUGCAUGGAGGAAUGGGCCAAAAUACCAGCAACAGUGUGUGAAAACCUUGUGAAGACUUACAGAAAACAUUUGACCUGUGUCAUUGCCAACAAAGGGUAUAUAACAAAGUAUUGAGAAACUUUUGUUAUUGACCAAAUACUUAUUUUCCACCAUCAUUUGCAAAUAAAUUCAUUAAAAAUCCUACAAUGUGAUUUUCUGGAUUUUUUUUUCUCAUUUUGUCUGUCAUAGUUGGCGUGUACCUAUGAUGAAAAUUACAGGCCUCUCUCAUCUUUUUAAGUGGGAGAACUUGCACAAUUGGUGGCUGACUAAAUACUUUUUUUCCCCACUGUAUGCAAUUGAUUUACAGUAGGUAAACAGCUGAUCGUGCACAUACAUUUUAAAAAAUCAAUUUUGAUGUCCCCCCCAGGUGAAUCUGUGUCAGCUGCAGGAGUUGUUGACGGCGGCUGGGGACCAGGAUGCAGAGCAGAGGGCCCAGCUGGUGUGGGGCUACAGGGACGAGGCUGAGCUGGUCCAGGCCCUGAUGGGACUGAGGACCAGUGGCCAACGGAGCGGACUCAGGGUGGAGGGGAGAGACACACUGGGGCCUCGCUGGCUCCGG